UGUGCUACUUGUACAGGUUUUCUUCUUUCUCUUAUCGCUUAGUAGUCAAAGUUACCCUCCACAGGAUGGCAUGCAACGACACUUCCAGCGCUACCAGAGAGCAGGGCCCGGCUGAAUGGGCACCUUUUGUACUCCUCUUUAUCGUCGUGGGGACCUUCUUUGGCUGGUGGUGCUGUGUCGGUGCCUGGCUCGCCCGCCUUUGGUAUUACGACGGACAACUCCACAGGAAGUUUCCAAAGUACGACAUCCAGCCCCAAUGCAUCCGUGAGCGCCUCGCGCGCGAAGAAGAGAAGAGGCGGCGUGAAAGCCAAAAGAUUGUGGGCUCCAGACGCUUUGAUCGCGAUGUCAGUACCAUGAGCUUCAAGAGGGUGCAAGAGUUCGAGAGCUCGAGCUUGCGACAGCGCAUCUCGAGACUCCCAGCUUUUGAGCAAGAUGAUGGCGGCGACGGCCUCGAAUUUCCGGACAUGCCUGUCGACAUGCCGGCCGAUGAGUACAAUCAACAGGACUAUCCGCAUCGAUACGAUACGCUGGAGGAUCUCGGUCUCAGUGAGCUAGCCCACGAUGACUGGUUGUCAUACCAUAAUAAGGAACAAAUGACGGCGCGCGACCAGAUCCUAGAAGAUUGCCGAGAAGACUGCAUUCAGAUGCGUCCAGGAAGAGAAGCCGAAGAUGUCUGUGGAGAAUUGUGGCAAGAAGUUGCAAAGUUCCUUGCAACGAGAUAUCCGGCGCGGUUUUGGGAACAGAAGAAGAACGGAGUGAGGAAGCUUUACGACGACAACUUGAAAGAAAGCCAUCCGCUUGAUGGGCCCUACGGAUGGCUAACGCUCGACACUAUGGCGCGUCUGGCUCGGGAAGACUUCUGUAUCUUCGUCAAGAGCCCUUUCUCGGCACAAUACACAUUGUUGGCGAGUGCAACGUGUUUUCCUUCAGGAUGGCGCCUCAAAGCUCGAGUUGGCUGCUCUGUGGAGAGCCAGCAAGAAGCAAUUCAACCCUGGGAGAGACUUCCAGAGAUCUUUUCGUACAUCGAGGGGCAUCGCAACAGCUCUCGCUACAAGCGCCAUGUCGCCUUUAUCCAGACCUCUCACCCGCAUGAGGUCGAUCUCUCGAAGAAAUACUUCGUCCAAGAAAGCAAAGAUUUCUUCUCGGGUAACAUCAGCUUCCUCCAGCCAGAGACGCUGCACGCACGCAUUGAAAAACAGAUGUUCACGAGGCUACCAAUUUCAGGUGCUAUGGUGCUGACAACAAGACUUGAGGUUGAGCCAUUGGUGCGUAUGGAAGAUUACGCGUUGAGGCGUCUGGCGAAGGACAUUAGAAGUUGGCCAAGCCAUAUCGCGAGGCUCAAGGGUCGCGACCUUUGGGGUAGAGCAGUACUAGGGUUCAUUGAGCAGUACCCGAUGGCGAGCGAUGAUGACUCGGUAAUCAUGACCGAUGACGACGAGGAUGAGGGUGUUAAGAAGUGGUUUUCCUGA